UGGUCCAGUGACUCGCGCGGUUUUGCGGUUGCUCACAAGAAAAACAAUCAAAUAUAAAUCAAAUGCAGUAAAAUGUUGCAAAUAAGAGCGUUGUUUUUGCUCAUCUGCACAAUUUCGUUGCUGGAUAUGCAAACCUCAGAUGCGUUUAUUCUACGCUUUAUCAGCGAGACCUUGCAGAAUAAUGUUGCCGGCGAGCCCGUGACACAUGAGCGUACCAAUUGGGACUUUCAUCCGGAGGCGGCAAAGAAAGCGCGUGCAAUUUAUUACGAGAAAAACGGUUUUCGUUCUGCAAAAUUCAUAGAGCGCAUUGGCGUAGGUCUCGAUGGGCAGCAUGAGGAGCGACGGGCGGAGCAGCAUGCAAGAGAUGUGGGUCGACUGGAUGGCGCACAUGUUUUCAACUUUCCAGCUUAGUACCUACUACAUAUGAUUAUUAUAUUUACAAUGCAAUAUGAGCAAAUAAGAGAGAGAAGAGCGCAU